CAUUUUGUGAGGUUUACUUUUACAAAUCUUUUCUAAGGAAUAUGGGCCAUGAUCAUGGGAACGGCGAGCUUCCUGAUUAUAGGCAAUGGAAAAUAGAAGGUACCCCCUUGCAAAAUGUCCAGGAAAGGUUGGCUAAGCUUGGUCUCAAGGAUCCAUGGCUUCGCAAUGAAGCAUGGAGAUUCACAGGUGGAUUUGCAAAACCACCCACUUUCCUGGACGUAGCCACCAAAGGAUUCAAAUGGGGGUUUGCCGCCUUUGUAGUAGCGCUUGCAGUUGAAUAUACAUUUUUCCCUCCAGGAAAAGAUAAUGGACAUCACUGAAGAUGUGUUUGUCUCUUCUAAGUUCUGAAUCAGUAGUAUAGUCUGACUGCUCGCAGAAUGGAGCACAUUAAAGUUCUUCAAGAAGAA